AUGUGUCAAUUUAAAAAUUUUUAAAAAUCUUGCAUUUAUUCAUGUAUAUUUAUUGCUAGAGCUUCUUAAUAAAUUAAUUCAUAGUAUUGCUAAAUUUAAUUUUAUCUAAUACAUUCAUUCAAAAAAAAUAAAUAGAGCAUGGUGGCUUAUCAAUUUAAAAGCUAUAUAGAAAAACCCCCUCUUUUUUUAAUUUGUUAUCGGUAUCGAAAUUAUAAGUUUACAGCUCAAGGCUCUGAUAUCACGUAAAAAGUAUUUGAUGGAAAAUAAUAAAAAUUUCAACAAAAAAAUUUAAGAAUAAAGGAAAUUUUGUUAAUUAUUAUAAAAAUCAAAAAUAGUUUUUCUUACUAUUUUUGGCAAGAUAGCUCAGAUUACUUAAUAUUUAGAUUUAUAAAGUAAAUCUGA